AUGAACUUUGAAACCACAGCAUUCACUUUCUUCAUCAUCCUUCUAAUUUGCCUCAGUUGCAUCUUCCUUUUAUUGGUGGCUUUUUUAUAUAAAUGUUCCCAAAGCAGGACAGAUGAAGAGACAGAAAAAGGUCCUUGUACAGAAAAUGAAGAUGAAGGUUGUCCAGCUGCUAAUACAGAGAUGAAAGAUUUAGAUGACCAAGAAAAGACUCUUGCACCUGCAAGGCAUGGCAUUCUUGUCCAGAGACGGACUAAAGAAGCGAUGACCACGCCCUUAGGAAAUAGAGAGGAUGUGGAAGGUGAAGAAGAGAACAAAAUAAAAGAGAAGCAAAAGCCUGAGAAUGCUAGAGAAAAUGGUCAAGAGGAUGACUAUUUGCAAAAACCACUGAUACCUGUCACUGGAAGUUCUUCAGUUGUUGAUAACCAUAAAAGACCCUUAAAAGGAGUAACAUUUUCUAGGGAGGUAAUCGUCGUGGACCUUGGGAAGGACAAUCCUAUGGCUCGAAGCUAUACUCGAUUACAUAAAGAGAGAAAGUGA